AUGGGUGAAGACCCUAAUCAAACUCUAAUUGAUGAGGUGCAAGAUGAGCUUGCAAACAAAAGAGAUGUUCAAGAGGGUCAUCAAGAUCAUAGAGAAGAAAACGGUGAUAUGAUUAGCGGAGAGCCAAUUAGAGAUAAUGUUGUUGACAUGGAAGCAAGUUUAAAGAGGUCGAGGAAACUCAAAAGUCUAGAAACAUGCAAUUGGACAACUGCUAUGGAUGAAGUUUUGCUUGAUGAAUAUUUCAAUCAACAAACAUUGGAAAAUAAAAAUGGUAAUAGUAUGACAACAAGCGUUAUGGAUAGCAUUCUUAAAGAUUUGAAGAUUCACUUUCCGGACAAACCAAUUUCCAAAGAAAAAAUAAAAGAUCACAUGAAACACAUCAAAACAAAGUUCAAUUCUUGUUAUGACCUUUUCCAUAAUGGCUUGAGUGGGUUUGGAUGGGAUUCAACAACAAAUAUGUGGAUUAUCGAAGAUGAAGUUUGGAACAAGCUAAUUGAGGCAAAACCCGAAGCUGCUGAAUGGAAAAACAAGCCAAUAUUAUUUUAUGAUAAAUUGGCCAAACAUUUUGGAAAAGAUCGAGCAACAGGAGAGCAUGAAGGUACAAAUGCUGAAAUGAGAGCAAAAAAGGCUGCAAAUGUUGAAAAAAGUCAUGGCACAAUCAUUGAAGAAAUAAACCACUUAGUUGAAACCAAUGAAGUUAUUUUGGAGGGAUUUGAUGAUGAUGAACAUCAUUCCAACAAUACUCCUACAAGGCCUUCUAUUACCAAUUCUCAAGAUGUAUCAUCAUCUAGGACUAAGAAGCGAGUAAAGAAGGUUAUUGAAGAUGAUACAAGCAUGACUGAGAUUUCCAAAACUUUCAAAACAAUGGUUGAUGUGUUUGAAAUGAAUUUCAUGGAGCUGGUCAAACAGAGUAAAAAUGCUAAUGUUGGAGAUACUUGGGCUGAAUUGGUCGAGAUUGGGGUUGAACCAAGUUCUUUGCCUCUUGUAUACAUGUACCUUAUUAAGAAUGUCGAUGCAUUGAAAGCUUUUAAUGGAAUUCCAAUCGAUAAGCGGAAGAAAAUGUUACAUGUCAUUGUUCUAGACUAUCCCUUUUGA